GAUGAUGACCAUGCUGUCUUGUACAGAAUGGUUCCCGUUUGCCUGUGAUUCAAAACGGACAACUUGUUGCUCUUUGUGAAGGGAUAUAGUUGACCUCGUUGACCAUGGUCGAGCCUCCGGAACAUUGGAGGCCUUGGAGGCGGUGGAGUACGUGACUUGGGAAAUGUGGGUUAGACUACCGAAGUAGUUCAAGAUGAAUUGCUACAAGUCCUUGGCAUACCUGAAAUCGCCUUGCAGAAUCCUCACGGGGAGAAAUCUGUCAACUUCAACAGCCCUAAGGGACCAACAUAGUUGUAGACUGUUGGUUGUGGGUGGUGGAGCUGGAGGGUGCAGUAUAGCUGCCAAAUAUGCAUCAAAACUUGGGAAGAACAAAGUCAUCAUCAUUGAUCCAGCUGAUCGACAUUAUUAUCAAGCAAUGUUCACAAUGAUUGGUGGUGGAAUGAAGAAAUUGAACCAGUCUUAUAAAGAGAUGGAAGAUGUUCUUCCCAAAGAUGCUUUGUGGCUGAAAGACACUGUCACUGAAAUAGACCCGAAGAAGAGUCAAGUAACGACACAAAAAGGAGACACGGUGGCAUAUGAUUACAUGGUUGUUGCUACUGGUAUAGAGCUGGACUUUGAGAAGAUACCAGGUCUCCUAGAGGGUCUGAAGGAUCAUAGGAGUGGUGUGUGUUCUAAUUACUCUCCAUUAUAUGUUACAAAAACAUACGGCUGCAUCCAGCGUCUGGAUAGUGGCAAUGCAAUCUUCACGUACCCAAACUCUCCUGUUAAAUGUGCUGGAGCUCCCCAGAAGAUUGCGUACAUCACUGCAGAUUACAUGCAAAGAAAUGGGAGGAAAAAUGUAAAAGUGUUGUAUAACACAGCAUUACCUGUUAUAUUUAAAGCACCAAAAUAUGCCACUUCUCUUUGGAAAGUGGCUGAGAAAAAAAAAGUAAAAGUGAAUCUGAAUGUUGACUUGAUAGAAGUAAGACCAGACAAGAAAGAAGCUGUGUUUAAAUCUUUGUCGAAACCAGAUGAGACAUUUGUUCAAGAGUACCAGAUGCUUCAUGUCUGUCCUCCACACCGCCCAACACCAGUCAUUGCCAGAAACAAGGAAUUGUCAGACUCCACAGGCUUCCUUGCCAUAGAUAAAGGCACACUGCAGCAUGUGAAAUACCCCAACAUUUUUGGCAUUGGAGAUUGUACAACCCUUCCUACCUCGAAGACUGGAGCAGCAGUUGCUGGUCAGUUGGGUGUGCUACGAAAAAAUCUGUCAGCAGCAAUGGCAGGAAAGACUCUGACAUCUACUUAUGAUGGGUAUACAUCAUGCCCUCUGGUAACAGGAUAUGGAAGCUGUAUCAUGGCAGAAUUCGACUAUGAUAGUAACCCUCUAGAGACAUUCCCGUUUGAUCAGGGUGUGGAGAGACGCACCAUGUUCCUCAUGAAAAAGGAUGUGAUGCCACAGCUGUACUUCAAUUUGAUGCUGAGAGGUCUGUGGGAGGGUCCUGGUAUCUUCCGCAAAAUAAUGCACCUUGGAUUGUCAAAGUGAACUCUGUUCAUUUGAAUGGAACAGGCUAACUAAUGCAUUUUUCUCCACAAGAAAGGGUUUCUGCCUUCUUUCAAAUCAUCUUCCAUAUUCAUCUAUAUACACAUUGUGAUGUGCCUUGCAGAUUUUACAGUCAAAGGUAUUGAAGGUUAAUGCUUACAGUAGUGAUAUCAUUCUGAGAUAACAGCUUAUAUGUCAGUAAUUUGUGUAGAUGCAUUAUUUGUCAUAUCCUGAUAGCACCUUCUCCUUUCAGUAUGAAGUGAUCCCUCGUAAUGCUUUAGGUUCAUCCUUCCUUUGUUUCUGACAUGUGAGUAAAAUGGAUGUUACUUCCUAAAGGGUUUUGAUGGUGUUGUAUUACUGUCUUCCUGGACAUGUCCAUCAUCUCGUAUUCUAAAACAGUAACAUGUUAGGAACUGGAUCUGGUCCUGUCAUCGCUCCUCAUUUCCUCAUUUCAGUAACAGAGAUAUUAAUGAGUUUUAUUCAUUCAUUCAUUCAUUUUAUUUUCUUCGAGUAAUCCAUAAUGCUUUGUCUUAUAUUUAUUUAUAUAUCUCACCGCUUAGAUGCAUUUUUUGCUACCAGCAACAGCAAGGAGUACAUGUAUUGAGAAUAAAAAGGUAAAAUAUUUAAGCGUCUAGAAAGUCACCGACAAGAUAUUUUGGGGCUCACAUUAAAAAUAACUCUUAUAAUUCUCUUCUGCAUUAUAAAAAUGUUUUUGCUAUUAACAGCAUUUCCCCAAAAGGGAAGACCAUACGUAAUGACAGAAUGAACAUAUGCAAAAUAUACCAUCCUUAAGUUCUCUAUCGGUAAAAACAAUUUAAGGGUUCUAAUAGCAAAACAAGCAGAAUUCAACUUAGUAAUUACUCUGGUUAUAUGCCCUUG